AUGUUGGAAUCUGUGGUUGCUACUAUCCUGAAUCGGGUGGUAGGAGCGUAUGUGGAGAAUUUUGAUCCGAAGCAAUUGAACAUUGGGAUUUUAUCCGGUGAUGUCAAACUAAGAAAUUUGCGGCUUAAGCGUGCGGCGCUAGACAAAUUGCAUCUCCCAGUCAAUGUGAUUGAUGGGCACGUCGGAAGCCUUAUUUUGCAAAUUCCAUACUCGAAUCUCAAGGGAAAGCCCGUGAAGAUUCUCAUUGAAGACGUGUUUCUACUUGCCGCACCCGAUCUCGGUACCUCCACCGAGCCCACCAGCGACACUGUUCGACGGGACUAUGCUACAAAACUGGACAAGCUUGAACUCUGGGAAUUAAGCCAGCGCAGUGCUUCCUCCGAUCCAGCAGAGACGCAAAACCAGAACUUUGUUGGAUCUCUGGUAACAAAGGUCAUUGACAACCUACAAAUCACGAUCAAGAACAUCCAUUUGAGGUAUGAGGACAGCGAAACGGUUCCAUCGCACCCUUUUGCCACAGGAAUUACUUUGGCUGAGCUCAGUGCAGUAUCCACAAAUAAAGAUUGGGUGCCUGAAUUCAUCUCAGAGGUGACCGCAGUGACCCACAAGCUUGCAACGCUUGACUCUCUCGCGCUCUACUGGGACACCGAUGCUGAGUCGUAUACCGGCGCUAACAAGAAAAAUCCGAAUGACCGCGAAUCUCUCUUCCAAAUGUUCAAGGACAAAAUUCUAGAUGUAUCCUGUGAGCAGGAUCUGUUGAGGCCGGUCAAUGGCCAAGGCUUUAUCAAACUUGAUAAGAACCCUGCUACAGAGGCCACUCCCAAGAUCAAAGCCAAAUUGGAGUUCGAGGAGCUGGCGUUGUCAAUGGAUCAUGAUCAAUACUCGAAUCUCCUGGAGUUGGGCGACAGAUUCCAUCGAUAUGUCCGCACCCGUGAGUUCAGGCGCAAGCGCCCGGCAAUGACGGUUAAAGAAGAUCCCCGAGCAUGGUUUAAGUAUGCUGCAAAUACAGUCCUGGAGUCUAUUCGUGAAAAGAAUCGUCAGAAAACCUGGGAUGCUGUUCAAAAACGCUGGAAUGAUUUCAAACGCUACAGAGAACUCUACAAAAAGCAAGUGUUUGAGCCUCUAAACAACUCAGACCAAAAAGAAUUCGACGAUCUACAAAAGGAAUACACUAUCGAUGAUUUGAUGUUUUUCAGAAAAGUUGCAAAGGCUGAACUCAAGAAUGGAACCGUACGUGAGCGUGCUGUGCACGAGUCAAAACGCGCAGUUUCUUCCUGGGGCUCAUGGUUAUGGGGAUCUGGAUCUAGUACCAAUAACCGACCCAACGAACCUGACCAUGACAUUCAGUUCUCGGAAGAGGAUAAACGAGAACUGUAUGAAGUGCUCGAUUUGGAUGAACAUGGUAACUCGCUAGAGGAUGUUUCGACGCACCAGACUCUUCUCGACAUAGAGUUUGGGCUAAGAUGUGGAAGCGUUCAGUUGCGGCAGUCUUCGGAUCGCCAGAUUGCUUCUCUCGCUUUCAAUGGCUCGAAAGCGAAAUUCGUCAACCGCGCAGAUUCGUUACUGUUCAGCAUCUCGCUUGAAGAUUUCGGCAUUCAUGAUCACACACCAGAAACAAAGUACGCUAACAUUGUGGAAAUCAACCGCAAAGACAAAGGUGAUGGCCCUUUCUUCUGGCUACUUUUUGAAACCCACCCGUUGGAUAGAAUUGCAGACUAUAAUCUGUUCCUGAAGUCGCGGAGCGUAACUAUAGUUCACAACGCCCGGCUGCUGGAGAAAGUUAUCCAGUUUUUCACACCAGAUGCGGACAAGUAUGAAACUGUGGACGCAAUUGUUAACGCGGCUAAUAAAACCGUUGAAGAGCUACGGGAGCAAACUCGAAUGGGUCUUGAAUAUGCGCUACAGGAACACAAAACACUCAACUUACAGGUUGAUGUCAAAGCACCUGUAAUUGUCUUGCCACUUGAUCCGUCCGAAGACGAAACGCCAACAGUUUUGAUCGAUUCGGGAAGCCUCACUGUUUCAAGCGAUCUUGUCAAGCGUGAAGUUCUAGAUCAAGUCAAGUCGAAACAAGCCGCAAAAUAUACGGAGGCAGACUGGAAAAAGCUUGAAUCUUUGAUGUAUGACAGAUUGACUAUCACGCUUUCGGAAGCCCAAAUCGUCCUUGGUCAUAGUUCGGAGGAGUGCUACAAGGCGCUGCAUGGGAAGAAAGCUACUCAAGCCACAGCGCUGGCUCCAACAACUCUCAAAUUCUUGCUAGAGAUUUCUAUCAUGCCUCAAACUCGAAGCUUGACUCAAACAAGGUUGUCGAUCUCGUUGCCAUCUUUGGAUUUAACUCUUGCUGAUGUCCAGUAUAAGCUUUUGAUGAAAGUUAUCGAUGCGGCAAUUCCGCAAACUUCCAGCUCGGAACCGCCGGAUCGGAUCGAGCUUAGACGGGCAACCACAUCUGUGCUGGAACUCGACAAUGAACCAGAGACUAAACCCAAAGUCAUCGGUAGGAGAGUCUUUGAGCUGAGAUUUAUUGUAGAGCGCGCAGAUCUGACAAUGGUACGAGGUUGGGAGCAUGUCAAGAUUUUAAGAAUUCACAUGCAGGAUCUUGAGCUGCUUUAUUGGAUGGAGGACACAGUAAAAGCUGUGGACUUGAAAAUGCGUGAUCUCUUGCUUGAAGAUUUUGUGAAUACAAAGGCCUCGUCUGAUUUAAGACGUCUUGUGUCAACCCGCAACAGUCAAGACAACCCUCUUUUCCAACUUCAUUACAGGGGAAAUGAUCUUGAUAACAGCAAGCAGGUAGACAUUAAGAUGGCUGCUCUACGAUUCGUUCUUACGCCUACGACGAUUCUCACCAUCUACGACUAUGUUAUGAGUACAUUCGCAGCUCCAGACAGUGCAUCUACGACUCCCCAUGAACUUGAGCCCGCGCCUGAAACUCAGGCUCGAACCCAGGCACAGCCAGCACCUAACCAUCCUUACUCUUCUGAAAAUGAUGGCACCAUAAAAGUCACUAUAUCUUUGGAGUCAGUUUCGGCGUUGUUGAAUGACGACAACAUCGUCCUCUCAAAGCUUGAACUUGAAUCUGCCAAAAUGGAUGUCAAUAUCCAAUCGACGAUCCAGUUCCAGUGCCGACUGGGCGCUGUCUCCAUUGUCGAUAUGAUGGAUAGCGGUGUACCAGCUGAUUCCAUGCUUCGCCGAAUUUUGAGUAUAGAGGGUGGUGGAGAUUUGGCAGAUUUCAGAUACGAGACCUACGAGAAUAAAAGUUACAGCUCUCUCGUAUACUUUAGAUCUGGUGCUCUCCAGGUCAGCCUAGUUGAGGAACCGUUCGGCCGAAUGAUUCAGUUUUUUGCCAAGUUCAGCCAAAUGAAGACGGUCUACGAUCAAGCCCGUAUGAUGGAGUUCAACCAGACCAUUAUCGAUUUACCAAACAACAUCAAGUUUGAUGUAGUUGUUCAUGCUCCCACUGUGAUUUAUCCUCGUUUGGGAAAUAACACCUCGGAGCUUCUGCGUGCGCAACUAGGAGAAAUUUAUUUGAAGAACUAUUUCCACCCAGUUGAUGGUGUCCCCGAAGCCUUUGUAAAUACCAUCAACGCUGGAAUCCGCAACGUCAAGGUCACCUCACAACUGUAUGGUGCCAGUCAAAAUCUUGAAUUGCUGGAUGAUUUAGACUUGACGAUCAACGCCAGUAUCGCCUCACCUUUUGCAGAUAUCAGACGCCCUCUCGCUAUGGUAUCUGCGAAGCUGAGUCCUGUUGAGAUACGAUUGACAGAGUAUCAAUAUUUGCUGGGUACGCAGCUCUGUGCGAUGGUCGGUCGCCUUAGUGGGUCCAUUGGUGGCCUCGAUAAUGACGAGGUCGGUGAUUUAAGGCAAAAGCUUGCGCAAGAAAAAAACCUGGAUCAGCAUCAGAAAGAGUAUUGGAUGGCUAGUGAUGAAGCUGCAGCUGCAGCUGCUGAACCCAAUGAUGCCAUUCAAGCGGACAAACUAAGCUUCCAGUUCUCAGCCCCUGAAGUAUCUUUCAGUCUCUUCAAGGGAACAGAACGAGUGCGUAGUCCAGGUGAAUUAUCGUCUUUCGCUCUUUCGUCCUUUAAACUCACCGAGACUUCUGUUGGCUUGACAAUGAACAAAAGCAGUGUUAUUGAGGGUGAUUUUUCAAUCAAGUCUUUCACUAUCGAGGACUUGCGGACGGUUAAAGAGAACAAGUUCCCUGAAAUCGUUCCUGCUAUUAAUCAUGAUUCGCCACAGUUCUCCGCCCAUGUUGUGGGAAGACCGGACGAGCCGUUGUAUGUGCGUGCACUAGUCGACAGUCCUAAAGUUAUUUUAGCACUGGAUUAUCUUCUUGCAAUGAAGCAGUUCUAUGUUUUCACGGACGAAACUGCAAAAUGUCCCCCUAGGCACCAUCCAAAGUCCUCAAAGCAGGGAAAUGAGGACAGAAACCUCCGUCCUCAACUACCUCCCAGACCUUCUGAAUCCGGAUACAAAGCGAGCGCCAGAGAAUCUCUUUUGAGGUAUCAGGAACAACUGCAGAGUGAUUCUCAGGAUCCUCAACAUAAAUCCCUUUUAUCAAUUGAGGACCGUCAAGAACGGCGUGAAUCGUCCACUCUCGAGCUCGAUCAACAAAGCUUGAAUUGUCCUAAACCUACACCCCCAUCGUUGCGCUUUGAUCUAACAGUUCUCAAUCUUUACAUGUUGUUACUUGCUGAUCCUUCGAAUGCAAAUAGUGAAGCAAUUGUGUUCAAGAUGGAAGAGCUUCUGCUAGGUGUUAAGGAAACUACAACAUUGAGCGUUUCCCAUAUUGGCCUCUUUUUGACUCAGAUGAAAUCUCAAGACUCUUUGCGGCUGAGGGUUAUUGACGACUUUAACUUUUCUUUGGCAGUUGAUUCAAGACGUCCUAUCGCUUCCGCAGAAUUGUGCAGUAUACGUGGUGUUAUUGAGCCAGUGAUUGUACGGUUAUCUCUCCGUGAGAUCUGGUUGAUUUUAGCCAUUUUGAACAAGGCUUCUGCGCUGCUGACGACGAAUACAGAGGCAGAUGAAGAUAAAGACGGAAUAAGUGAAAGCGAGAGUGAGUGCGAUUGUGACGAAGAAUGCGCACCUAGGAGAGACAGCGUGGUAGAUACUGUGAAAAUUAUGGGUGAGUCUUGUACAAUUGAUUUUGAGGGGUUCAAGCUUGUUGUGAUUGGGCCUAGCCACCUUAUGCCAAUUUUGUCAAGUAAAGUGAAACCUUUUUAUAUCAACAUGAAAAACUGGUCUUCGGCUUUACGAGUAGAUGGUUCUUUGGAGCUAAGCGCGAAUGUAUACAACUUUUCGAAAUCCGCCUGGGAGCCCCUGAUCGAUAACUUUGAGAUUGGUCUUAACGUUCUCCAACGAGAGGGUUUGCAGUCGAAGCAGAUCAAUGUUUUGAGUCGAACGAUCACCGAUAUUGAAGUCACACCGGCUCUUUUGGAUAUUGUUGGCGAAGUGAAGCAUUAUUUCGAGGGUCAAGAUCUCGAUGCCGUGUUCAAGCGCAGUACUAAAGAGCAUGAGGAACCUUACCGUUUGAUUAACCAAACAGGAUUUGAUAUCGAAGUCAAGUCCGAAUGUCAGGACCCCGAUUCUUUAGAGAGUGUUGUGAAAUUGGCGCCCGAUGAGUCAAAGAAAUGGUCGUUCUACGAUUGGAGACUGGUUCGCGAAAACUUGCAUGAAGAGAUGCACAAUUUAGCGCUUGGUAUCUCUCUAAUCGACACGAAAUACGAGGACUUGCACAAUGUUUACGUCAAUUCAGUUGGACAAGAGAUGUACCCUUUACGUACAACCGAUAAGGAGCGAACUUCAGAUCGGCUUGUUGUGGAUGUCUCUAUCAAGGAUCAGGUCAAGUACGUCACAGUCCGCUCUGCAACAUCAUUGCACAACACUACGAACCUCCCGAUAGAGGUGAGACUGAUGCCCACAAACGAAAGCACAGAGUAUGAUAACUAUACUCUCACUCUCCAACCUGGAGACGAGCAUGCUGUUCCGAUUUUGGCUGUUGAUAGCAUGAUAUUUGUGAGGCCCGAGCGCUCAAUGGGUUACGCCUGGGCUGAAACCCCUAUCUAUUGGGAAGAUCUGCUUGAGCACUCUGUCACUGUCAAGUGUUUUGGAGAACAAUCACCGUUUUACAUUCAGGCCCGCAAAUACUCAGAGGAUGAGGAGCUUGCCGAGAGAUAUGGGUUCAUGUCCAUCAAUUUGUGUGCACCUUUCAUGCUGAUCAAUAACCUGCCCUAUGAUUUUGAAUUCAAGCUAUUCUGCCGAGACGAGAAACUGGACUUUAGCGGGACAGUUAAGCAAACUGGACGAGAGUAUCUUCAUGUUGUCAAUCGCUUGCAACUUCUUUUACUCAGUGUCCAGCCUCUGGAAGGAGCUGGUUUCAAGAAACGUAGUGAGUUUGCGAUCAUCAACUCACGAUCCAAAGAGUAUGAUGUUGAAAACGAGAUUAUUUUAUAUCAUGAGGAUGGACAAAAGUUGAGGCUUCAAAUUUCUUAUGUGAAGCUUCCUCAAAAUGCUGGCAAGGCAAUUGUGAUUUCUGCACCAUAUGUUAUUUUAAACCGAACAGCACAUGAACUGGCAAUCUCAACACGUCUAAACCGUGCUUCAAUGCCGCUGGAAACUGAGAAACUCAAAAUGAGUGACCAGUUUGAAGCAGUGCGCUAUUCUCGUCCCAAGAUGUGGUCCUUUGAAAACAGUCAAUCGAAAUCUCGCGCAACGUUCCGUCUAGAUGAUAGCAACUGGUCUGCUCCUGUCAAUAUUAGUGCAGUUGGCUCUUUAAGUGAAUUAGCUGUUCCUGCCUAUGACCGCCAGAGGGAAAUGUUCCUAGGUUUGUCGGUACAAGAUGGGUCAGGAAGAUAUCGCGGUACGAGAAUUGUUUCUGUGACGCCACGUUUCGUUAUUUGCAAUAAUAUGGACCGAAGCAUACGUCUUCGCGAACCUGGUGGAUCAGAUUACAAUGGUGUUGAAGCUCUGCCCAAUACUAGCGUACCGAUUGGUUUUAUAUCCAAGUUCAGCGAGCGCGAAAUGUGUGUUAGUUUCAACAAUGAUGAAGCAGUCUGGUCCUCAUCGUUCUCGAUGGCUAAUGUUGGCACUGUUCACUUGAGAUUGUCAGAGCACGGGAAACCCACAACGUUAGCUAAGAUUGAUGUUGCUUUAGAAGGCGCGACUUUGUUUGUGCACAUUUCAGAGACGAAGCAAUGGCCAUUCUCUAUUCGAAAUUUCACUAAUAUUGAGUUCACAAUGUUCCAAAGCAAUCCUUUCGUUGACGAGGAGGGCUUUGAAAGUCGGAAGUUUACUCCGAUUCGAUAUCGUCUACCUGUUAAAAGUCAGAUGCCAUAUUCCUGGGACUUCCCGGCUGCAAAUUUGAAAGAGCUCGUUCUUGAAUCUGGUGGACGUCAGCGUAGGAUACAGUUGGCAGAAAUUGGUGAGCUAAGGCCCACUCGGUUCCCGCUUUCUGAUGGAAGCCUUUACAUUGUGAAUCUGAGCGUUAUUGCUGAUGGACCCAAACAGGCCUUGGUAAUUUCUGAUUACGACCCAGAGGAGAGCAACUACGACGUGCGGCCUUCGACAUCAUCUGCUGCAUCUGUAUCUUCUGUCACGAGCGGAAACGAGUUCGUAGCUCACCAGCUUGAGGAGGAGUUUGAUACUCUCGGUGUUACUAUCCGGUUCAAAGGAAUUGGUGUUUCUUACAUCACUUCGGAUAGCAAAGAGCUGUGCUACUUGACUUUACGAAAUCUUGAGCUGAACUACAGUACCUCUAAUGUCUUUGAAACGUUAUCCUGGCAAUGUCAGUGGAUCCAGGUCGACAACUGUUUGUCUGGAGCUACAGAAUUCCCUGUGAUACUUUAUCCAUCUGUUCUGCCCAAGACUGCUACAGAGAUGCAAGAGCAUCCAACGUUCUCUGGUUCUGUAACCCGGAUCAAGGAUGACAGUUACGGUUUGAUGUAUGUCAAACAUGCCACUGUUCUAUUGCAAGAAAUGACCAUUGAGGUUGAUGAGGGUUUUGUCGCUGAAAUUCUGCGCAUGGUUCGGGCGAUGGAAAAGAAGUCAUUGUGGCUAAGUGAUGAACCACUGUUGGACCGCAAGGACAUUGUGAUUCCUGAUGCGGUUUCGACUACUAGUUCCAAGGAUGUUUACUUUGAGCAGCUGCACUUGCAGCCUACUCAGCUCAACAUUUCGUUCGUGCGCACUGGUCAGUUGUCUCUUGAGAGUUGGUUCCAAGACGAGGUUAACUACUUUAUCAAUGCGAUUACUAUGACAGUUGGUAAUAUCAAUGAUGCCCCGGUUCAGUUCAAUGCAUUGUUGAUCGAAAACGUUAGAACGCGCCCAGAAUUGUUGGCACAAUCUAUCGAGACACACUAUACCCAGGAGUUUAUUUAUCAAAUUUACAAGGUUAUGGGCAGUGCAGAUAUCAUCGGGAAUCCUGUCGGUUUGUUUAAUAACAUAUCUUCUGGUGUUAUGGAUCUAUUUUACGAGCCUUAUCAUGGAUAUACCAUCACUGAUCGUCCUUCCGAAUUCGGCGUUGGCUUAGCACGCGGUGGUUUGUCGUUUAUGAAAAAGUCAGUUUAUGGUGUGUCAGAUUCCGUUUCAAAAGUUACAGGCUCGCUUUCUAAAGGACUUGCUCUGAUGACCCUCGAUAGCAAGUAUGCUAACCGCCGCCAAGCACGAGCACUUCGAAAUAGACCCCGUCAUGCCCUUUAUGGGCUGUCUAUGGGCGCCAUAUCUUUCUAUGACUCGUUUGCGUCUGGUGUUACUGGAUUGGCCAAAGCCCCUCUGGAGGGCGCUGCUACUAAUGGUGCGGUUGGGUUCCUUGAAGGACUAGGACGAGGCUUGGUGGGCCUGCCAACAAAGACCAUGAUUGGAUUCCUCGAUAUGACCUCAACCUUUUCUGAGGGCCUACGGAAUACUACCACCAUUUUUGAUGUGACUGAUAUUGUACGUGUUCGCUUGCCACGAGUGAUUUCCGCGAGCCAGCUCAUUUCUCCUUACAAUCCUCGGGCUGCAGCUGGCCAGAUGGUCCUGCACAGUGCCGACAAUUCCAAAUAUUCCAAGGACCAAUAUCUAGCCCACACCAAUCUUGCCGCUGGACGAAUGAUUGUGGUUUCUCUCCAGCGCAUCAUAGUGGUGGCAAUGGGUACUCUACGAACAGACUGGGUAGUCACUUAUGAUCAGCUUGCCAGCAUCGUUAUGGAACAUAGUGGAAUCAACUUGAAACUUCAUGGUGGUGUUCGGGGCCCGUUCAUUCCUUUGGAAAGUGAGUCUACGCGCAAGUAUAUCUAUCGUCACAUUUCUGAGGCUGUCGCUGCGUUCAAUCGUCGCGAAUUGUUGUUGUCGUAA